AUGACAUGGAGGAGUCCUAUGGCUCUGAUCAGAGAUGCUCUGACAAGUCAGAGGGCACGGGAGAAGGACCUCCGCUACUUGGUGUCUAACCUGCCUUAUGAAGGCCUGGAGAAACGGAAGCAACCCAACCACCACUUCCCUGGCAACGCCAUCAAGACCACCAAAUACUCCCUCCUGUUUUUCAUCCCCACGAACCUCAUAGAGCAGUUUCACCGCCUGGCAAACAUCUACUUUGUAGGCCUGGCUAUUCUGAAUUUUGUCCCUGUGGUGAGUGCCUUCGAGCCUGAGGUGGCUUUGAUCCCUAUCUGUGUCAUCAUGUCUCUGACUGCACUGAAAGAUGCCUGGGAGGACUUCAGGAGGUACCAGUCGGACAGGAAGGUCAAUAACACGCCGUGCUUCAUCUACAGCAGGAAAGACAAGCAGUUUGUGGAGAAGCGCUGGAAGGAUGUACGAGUGGGAGAUUUUGUGAAAGUGUUUUGUAAUGAGAUCGUCUGUGCGGACCUCCUGCUCCUGCACACAUCAGACCUGAAUGGUGUUUGUCACUUAGAGACAGCCAACCUGGAUGGAGAGACCAAUCUGAAACAAAGGAGGGUCGUGUCUGGCCUCUGCAUCUCAGAUCCUCAAUUUGAACCUGAAAGCUUCAAAAGCACUGUGGUGUGUGAAAGGCCCAACAACAGUCUGAAUCACUUCAAGUGUUAUGUAGAGAAACCCAAUAAGGACAAGGUGGGCGCUGGAAUUGGGAGUCUGCUGCUGCGAGGCUGCACAGUCAGAAACACGGAUCACGCUGUCGGCUUUGUGGUGUAUGCAGGCCAUGAAACCAAGUCCAUGCUCAACAAUAAUGGACCGAGAUACAAGCGCAGCAAACUAGAGCGGAAGCUGAACAGAGACGUCAUUUUCUGCGUCAUUCUCCUCUUCAGCAUGUGUCUUGUUGGAGCACUAGGUCACUUCUUAUGGCUGAAGGCGCUGCCCAGCGUGCCCCCUUACCUGGUCCCCGACAGCAAUGGUCACCUGGACAGUCCCAGUCUGUCUGGCUUCUACAUGUUCUUGACUAUGAUCAUCCUGCUGCAGAUCCUGAUUCCAAUCUCCCUCUAUGUGUCCAUUGAGUUGGUGAAGAUCAGCCAGAUCUUCUUCAUCACCAAUGACAUUGAUCUGUACGAUGAGGAGACAGACAGUCGUAUGCAGUGUAAAGCCCUGAACAUCACAGAGGAUCUAGGUCAGAUUGAAUACAUCUUUUCAGACAAGACCGGCACCCUCACUGAGAACAAGAUGGUGUUUCGCCGGUGCUCCAUCGUAGGCACAGAGUACCCACACAAAGAGAACGCCAUCCGACUUGCUGUCAUUGAUGAGCCAGAUUCUGAGGAGGAGGUCAUCUUCAACCAGCAACCGCAACCCCUACAGAGAGGAUGGUCCCUGGAUUCUGAGCACACCAACCCUGAGGACACACAACGUCACCGUGGCAGCCGACGCAAGAGCAAGGGCGCAGGAAAUGCCCGGAGCGAUGUGGCCUUCAGCAGUCCCCUGGCCUCCCAGUCCCUACUGCAGAUGGCCGAGCUGCUAGGUGUCAGUGAUAAGCACAUCAAUUUUGGCUCAAAGUUGCCCCUAUGGCAAAUAGUAGAGGCCAAAACAAGCAGGCGGAGACAGAAAAAGGCUUGUGUUUAUUCCAAUAAGGCGCUCAGCCCAUCUUUGGUUCUCCUCAUGCUGCGUCAGAGCAGCAUGUUUGAAACUGAGGUGAUUCCAGACAGGAAGCUGCUUCAGCAGAUUAGCAGGGCAGAGAGCAGCAGCAGCAGCCGGAAGAUGGAUCCAUACCUGGACUUUUUUCUAGCUCUCGCCAUUUGCAACACGGUGGUGGUUUCCAUGGCAACAGCUCAGAGACAGAGGGCGAGUGGGUCUCCACACUCCUCUCAGGCAAAUAAUCCACUGGAUUCUUUGUCCAGUCUGGUGAAGAAGGCUGGCUCUCUUUGCCACAUUCUCACCUCCUGGAAGCGAAAGCCAAAGGGGACCUGCUCCUUAUCAGAGGACUCAGUUAUAGAGGAUGACCACUUUAACCCCCCUGUAAAAAUGGAGAGGACUGGAGACCUCAACACCAACGGGGCUCAAACGUGCUCACUUCAUGUUCCACCCCGGUGUGACAAGCCUGCUGCGGCCUCAGAUAAGCUGUGCUAUGAGGCAGAGAGUCCAGACGAGGCAGCUUUGGUGUAUGCAGCCAAGGCAUAUGGCUUCACUCUGCUGGCCCGCACCCAUGACAGCGUGACAGUGAGGCUCCCGUCUGGGCAGGACCUGGUGUUUGAGGUGCUGGACACCUUGACUUUUGACUCCAACAGGAAGAGGAUGUCUGUUUUGGUACGACACCCAAUCACUAAAGAAUAUGUGUUGUAUACUAAAGGUGCAGACUACGCUAUCAUGGAGCUACUGGGUACACCAUACGCAGAACAUCUCAGUAAGAAUCAGAAGGAUAUAGUGGCCGAUACUCAGCAUCACCUUGACUACUAUGCCAAAGAUGGGCUGCGUACACUGUGCUUUACAAAGAAGGUUGUGAGUGACCAAGCUUAUGAAAGCUGGUCAGUGAACAGACAGCAAGCUCUAGCUGCUAUAGACAACAGAGAGGUGCUCAUCACGGAUACUGCUGUGCACCUAGAAACAAACCUCACCCUGCUAGGGGCGACGGGUGUCGAGGACCGUCUGCAAGAGAAUGUCCCAGACACCAUCGUGGCUCUGAGGGAGGCAGGGAUCCAGGUGUGGGUGCUGACUGGUGACAAGACGGAGACAGCUGUCAACAUCAGCUACGCCUGCAGGCUAUUGGAAGAGGAAGACCUGGUGAUUAACAUGAGUUGCAAAAACAAGCUUACAUGCACCUCCAUCCUGGACUGCACUCUGGAGGAGGUGAGGAGGCAUGCAAACGAACCUCGUAACGUUGGUACAACCCCAAACAUCUCCCUGGUGAUCGAUGGACAUACCCUGACCAUGGCUCUGUCGUCAGACCUGCAGGACCGUUUUGUGGAACUGGCGAAGCACUGUCGCUCUGUGCUCUGCUGUCGAGUCACACCAUUACAAAAGAGCAGAGUAGUGAAGGUCAUCAGGGAGAAACUCAAGGUCAUGACGCUAGCUAUUGGUGAUGGUGCAAAUGAUGUCAACAUGAUCCAAGCAGCUGAUAUCGGCAUUGGGAUAUCUGGUCAGGAGGGGAUGCAGGCAGUCAUGGCAAGUGAUUUUGCCAUAUCUCGCUUCAGACACCUAAAAAAACUCCUCCUGGUUCACGGACACUGGUGCUACACUCGUCUCGCCAACAUGAUCAUUUACUUCUUCUAUAAGAACGUGGCCUAUGUGAACCUGCUGUUCUGGUAUCAGUUCUUCUGCGGCUUCUCUGCCACUACCAUGAUUGACUAUUGGCUGCUGAUAUUCUUCAACCUCUUCUUUACGUCCCUACCACCCAUCAUGUUUGGGAUAAUGGACAAAGAUGUUUCUGCUGAGAUGCUGCUGGGUAUUCCUGAACUGUACAGGACUGGACAGGGUGAAGGGGAAUACAAGUUUUCAACUUUCUGGGUUUCCAUACUCGAUGCCUUCUACCAGAGUCUUGUGUGCUUCUUUAUUCCAUACUUGACUUACCGGGAUUCAGACAUUGACAUUUUUACCUUUGGAACCCCUUUGAACACAAUUUCUUUAUUUACCAUCCUGCUGCAUCUGUCAAUAGAGAUCAAAGCCUGGACGGUGGUUCACUGGAUAAUCAUGCUGGUCAGUGUGGCGCUGUUCUUCAUCAUGACGCUGGCCUACAGCGCCAUGUGCGUUACCUGUAACCCCCCAUCCAACCCUUACUGGAUCCUCCACAGCCAGAUGGCAGACCCCAUGUUCUACCUUGUCUGCAUCAUCAGUAUUGUGUUAGCUCUGCUGCCCAGGUACAUGUUUCACGUGCUUAGGAACUCUAUCGCCCCCUCUCCACUCGUGCAAGCCAGGCAUCUGGACCGGCUGGACCCCUCAGAGAAGCAGCAGUGGAUCAAGGAGUGGAGGAGCUUCAGGGGCGGAGGGCAGGUCAAACGCCCUGAGCUGUCUACCCCACCCUCUCCCACCCUGGAGAUCCCUGUGGACUUUUAUGCCCAGUCUCCAGAUGUCUCUGAUAUCAUGGAAGAUGAAUUCACAUUGAAUGUAACCACAAACUAUCAGAGACCUGCACACAGAUGA